AUGGCGCCUCCGGGUGGAACAUACAGAUCCUGGAAUCUAAAGAAGGCAUCAUGUUGCAACGACCAAUAUGGUUUAAUAUCGGACGACCCUCUUCGGUUGGUCCAGGCUAGCCAAGUACAUUCCCACGAGAUACCAGGACGAGAUCCCCCCUACUUACGCUACAGGGCGGCUUAUUACAGUGAAUUAAAAUGGCAAAAUGCUCACAAAAUUUUUGCUUUUCUUCCCUCUGUUUUUCUAAUCCUUGCUCUUCUUCCCGAUAUUUCACUCAUCCUUGCUCUUCUUCCCUUUGAUGUUCUUAUUCUUCCUCUUCUUCUCUAUUUAUUUUCAUAUCCUUGCUCUUCUUCCCUAUUUUUUUUAACCUUACUCUUCUUCCCUAUAUUUUACACAUCCUUGCUUUUCUUCCCCUUGAUUUUCUUAUUCUUACUCUUCUUCGCUAUUUAUUUUCAUAUCUUUGCUCUUCUUUCAUAUUUUUCUUAUCCUUGUUCUUCUUCCCUAUUUUUCUUAUUGUUGCUAAUCGUUCAUAUUCAUGUCAAUACAGGCGUUGUCUGUCUCUCAACGCGUGUAGCGCUUACUGGAGAACGGCGGACAGAAAAAAAUAAAGGUCAAAAUUCCGAGCGUUAUUCAAGAACCCCUGAAUUGCAUAUCACUUGUUCAGAAACUAUCCAACAGACGCCAAGAUUUGGCCACCUGAAUCAGUGGACCACAUACAACACAAUGCCUAUCGCCAAUACCAGUUGUGUACCUGAUGCCGAAAAUUUUAGCGACUCGGAUCUACAGGAUUUAACUAGCCUGCUCGAGAAUGACGAACUAUCUUACGAAUUCUUGCGCGAUAUUUUCCACACAGACGACCAGAUUACCGACCAGCCACCUCAGAAGACGUUAAUCGACUUAGAUCCACCCACUGCAACCGAAGACCAAUGCCCCACAGUUCACACCCACCCACAGUCACCGUACUCUCAGUCGCAUCCAGUUGAAAACAUAUCGACAACAAGCCUGCAGCCCGCAACGAUACAGAAUACUUUCAGUUCAUUUCUAAAUCAAUAUAACACCAACAACGAAUCAUCGUCCAGCAACACCGAUACAAAUACGACUACUCCACAACAGCUAUUUUACCAAAUUCGUCUCUUCCUUAUCUUGCAUUUUCCUCUUCUUUUUCUUCUUUUCUUCUUUCUCCCUUUCUACUUUUCCUUUGUUUCUUUCUUUCUUUUCUUCACGUUCUUUUCCUCAUCCACCUUCUUUCGUCUGCUUCUCUUUCUUUCUUUCCUUCUUCUGUCUUUUCUUUUAUGUCUUCUUCCUAUUUAUGCUUUUCUUCUUUCUUCCUGUCUUUUUUCUCUUUAUUCUGCUCUCUUUUUCUUCUUUCUUCCUAUCUUUUUCUUCCUUUUCUUUCUUCUUACUUCCCUUUUUUCUUCUCUUCCAUCUUCUCUUUCAAUCUGA